CUGAACUUGCCAGUUGAUUCUCGCAUUCUUCUUCAAAUCGCCUACAGUAUUUUAGUGAUCUGUUUUCAUUUGUUUUUAUUUAUAUUAUAUUUCAUUUAUGGUUGAUUUAUGGAAGACAUUACGCAAACAACGCUUCCUGAUCCAUUGCAGGAGAUUCUACCUAUGGAGUAUAGAUAUCAUCUGCUUCAGUCUGAAUACAAUGAGGAUGGUGUUGCCUUAACAGCAACAUUCCGUAUAGACGUCUUCACCAGUGAAGAUGCAGGAAUGUGGCUGGAUGCCUUUGAAGGUUCCUCCAAAGCAACAUGGAAAUGUAUGAGAACGGUCCCUCCAAAACAAAAGAAAAAUCUCUUCAAGAAAAUAUUUAGAUGCCAGCAUGGGCAACAGAGGAAGAUCAAGGAAGGGACUUCUAGGCACAUGAAGAAUACGGACUGUCGUUCAAAAAUGACUGUGACCGUGAGGAAGACUAUUCCAGGAAGUGGGAGGAAAAGCAGGAUUGCUGACUGUCGUAUUCUGGAGUAUCCCACAGAGGUGAGGCUAGAAUGGAUUCACAACCAUGUGGUCUCCAUUCCUGCAGCCCUGAAAUUCAGGAAGGUCAGCAAUGAAACAUGCAAAAAGCUGGAGGAUCUGUUCAGCAAUGGGCAUUCCCCAUCAAGUGCCCUGAACCUCCUAGAGCUGGAGCUCCAAACUGAAGAUCCUGAGAAGUAUGUUUUAGCCUGCGGAGAUAGGUCCAUCUGUCCCGAUUUGCCAUUUUGCUACAGGCUUUAUAAAAAGCUCUUCCAGAAAGCCUACGGUGCUGCUGAUGGUCCAGGCAUGCUGGCAGCACUGGAAGAUAGCAUCAAUAAGUACAACAACGAUGCCGGCAUGAAAUGUGCAGACAUUUCAUUUGUCGAUGGGGAGCCCAUGAUGGCUAUUGCCACACCGCUCAUGCAACGGGUUCAUCGUACUAUGGCCCAAAGCAGUGAACUAGUUUUUGUUGAUUCCACAGGAAAUCUUGAUCGGCAUGGAAGCAAGGUAUUCUUAUUCCUGACUCACAGCUCUUCUGGGGGCCUACCCUUGGGUGUUGUCAUCACACAAAAUGAAAAAGAAGGGACCCUGGAAAAAGCGUUCCAACAGCUGCAAACUCUUUUGCCUGCAGAUGCCUUUGGAGGAAGAGGAGAGAGAGGGCCAUCAGUCUUCAUCACUGACGAUUGUCUGGCAGAAAGGAAAGCUUUGAAUGCUGUUUUCCCAAAUUCGGUGCUCCUCCUUUGCACAUUCCAUGUUCUGCAGGCAGUGUGGCGAUGGCUGUGGGACAGCAAGCAUGGGAUCAAGAAAGACCACCGCCAGAGCCUCUUCGCCCUUGUGAAGGCCAUCCUGUAUGCUGAUGAUUUUUCAGGUGUUGAAAGUGCAUAUGAUCGGGCUCAAAAUCAUCCAGAUGUAAGAAGAUAUCCUGGUUUUGCCACGCACUUGGAAACAUUGUAUGACAGGCGCCAGGUGUGGGCACAAGCCUUUAGGCUAAAUCUUCGAAUUCGUGGAAACAACACAAACAAUUACGCAGAGGCAGCCAUGCGGGUGCUAAAGGAAUCAGUGAUGCAGCGGUCAAAGGCUUUCAACAUUCCACAGCUUCUGGAUUUCUUGUUAUCCAGACUAGAGGGAUUCUACCAACGAAAGCUGUUGGCUGUUGUUAACCAACGCCCCCUGAAGUGGCAGCCUCACUUAAAUAAGACAACAAUCAACAAAGAAGAUGUAUCUAAGACUGGAGAGAACACAUACAAAGUAGUCAGCCAGACAGACAGCGAGGUGGUGUACGAAGUUGACAUGGCUGUCGGGGUUUGUGCCUGUCGCCAAGGCCGGACAGGUGGUGCCUGUAAGCAUCAGCAGGCUGUUGUCAAGUACUUCAACAUUACUUCGGACAAUUAUUUGCCUUCAUCUGCCAGUCAAAGGAAGGUUCUGCUACACGUUGCAACAGGAUCAACAAGCAAUGUGCCAUCAGGAUGGCUUGGCCCUCUCCAGUCAUCUGAGCCCACAGCUGAGGAUGUGCCCGAGCCUGAUGUAGAUGAGCCCGAGCCUGAUGUAGAUAAGCCAAUGUCUAGUAGCCAUCUUGAUGACCAUGCUUCAAUCGAAGAUCCUCAACUAGUCAGGCUAGAAAGCCUGCAUGCCCAGAGAGAUCUACACAACCAGUUUGCCCAACGUAUGCAUAGACAUUACUCCACCAAAUCUCCACAGAGAGAUAACAGGAUUUUGGAGGAUGUCCAUCAUAUGUUUGUGGACAUGGAGGAAAAACUUAAACAAGAUCCAACCACCUACGUAGAAUCGUACAAGGCUAUGCUCAGAGCAUAUGGUCGUUUAAAAACAGACAGUGCCCUUGUAUCAGCAAUCCGAAUGUUUGGCAGGUAUAGCGGAGUAAAUCUUGCUAAAAGGAAGGUGAAGUCGAAGGCAGGAAUCUCAGGUGGACUGCUACAGUCAUCUGGCCCCAGCAUCCCUGUUCAGCCCUCAGCCAUAUCACGCCGUCGACUGAAACUCGGAGGGAGGAGGAAACUAAAUAAGGGACGUCCAACCAAACAGUCUGCCAUGAAAGAGCAAGCCUUUUCUAGACCAUCUUCAUCAGCCAUAAUUCCAUCCAAGAAAAAGCGUGUUGCUGCACCACAUUCCCUCGGACAUGCAGUGACUAUGUGCCAAUCUUUAGGGAAAACACAUAGUGCAAAAUAAUGGAGUAUGCUCAACCAAACACCUUCAUCUUCAGGUGAAUUACCAGAAGAUGAUAUACCAGAAGCCGUGGCCCGCUGCAUGAAUAAGGCACAGCAGGAUUAUAUGCCAGAUAUACCGAUCCUCUAUAAUUCUUCCAAUGACUUAGGAGGGGAUUAGUACAUCCGGUAUAAAAUGCUGUUUUGCGGUUUUCCCGCAGUGGGCCGCAGCUUUGUCUUUUGGUAAGUCACCUAAGCUGUCAUUAUGCACUGGAUGUGUCCCAAAAAAGUAUUAUUUGGACUAUAUUUGGGAUAGUUAUGACUUUUGUUUUUCAAUUCUGCUGAUGUCAUAUUUUUGCAAACAAAUUACCACCUUGAAAGCUAUUUCUUAUUUGCUAACAAUUGCCUGAUUUUGUGAUACUUUUUCCCUUUUUAGUCUCACCUUCAUGACAAUCAACAUCCAUAAAAAAAUACAAAUUAAAAGGUUUAAAUGCUAAUGAACCUUACCUAAUAACAAGGCAUUAGCGAUGUUGUGUCUCGACCACUUGUGAAAAUGACUAGAAAUAUCGCGAUCUCCCUUGCCAUCCAUGAGAAUUGUAUAUGAGAGUCAUACAGGUAAACUUUAAACGUUUUACCUGAAAUGACCUAUGACUUCACCAUGUGACCUCUGAAGGCACGAAUAUAUCUUAAAUUUUGUUUGCCAUUGCAGCAACAUGUGCAGAGUUAUUUAUUUUGAUUUAUUUAUUUAUUCAUAUAUUCAUAUUCCACAAAUCAUCAAAGUACAUUUCAUAAUAAAACAUUUCCAUUGAAAAAAAUACAUCAACUGCAUAACAUAUGCAGAUUUGAAACGUACCAAUAAAAUGAAAAAAUUUGGAGGGGCCUACUGAAAAGCAUAGCUUGUAAGAUGUAGACCCCCUAUCGAGAUUUUAUACAAGGGUAAUAUGCAUGGGUGUCGAUCCGUAACUGAUACCUAUUCAUCAGGGGGGGAUGAUCUAUUCAUUCAUCCCCCCUGAUGAAUAGGUAUUACGUAAGGAUCGACACCCAUGGUAAUAUGAUAUAAAUUUAGCAAAAUAAUCAGCAAAAUUCUAUAAAUUUAUAUAGAUAUAAACAUUGUAACAUGAAUGUAUAUAAACUAUAUACAAAAUUAUGUAGAUAUUGACUUUAAAAUAAUCAACACUACCGUGGAUAAGUAUAAAGUUCACAAGAUAUUUGAUUGAAUCAAUAAGAAUUCAGAAGAAAUUUUUCGAUGAGUAUUCUAAAUCGGUUCAGAUUUUGGGUCCUGUGAAAAAUACAGUUUUGCUAGAAAAUACUGUUCUGCUUUUAGGUAUUAAGUGAUAGUCAUUUGAUUGUCUAGUAUUAUAGGAAUGCAAAGUAUUAUUUCUCAUAAAUUUUAUUUUGUAGGACAUAAGGUAUACUAUCUGUAUCUAGCUGAUACAUAAAUUGGAAUUGUUGUAGAGGUCACUGACUUUAAGGAUACGUUUCUGACGAAACUAUUCAUUCGUAAGAGCUCUAAAGGGCUUAUUGCAUAUCAUUCUCAGUACUUUUUUCUGAAGUAGAAUGACUUUGUUGAGUCUCAUGUGAGAGGCAUUUCCCAUGCCAGAAUCUCAUAAUUAAGAUAUGGUAAAUUUAUUGCACAAUACCACAUGGAUAGUGCCUGUGCUGGAAGAAAGCUUUUAAGCUUGUUGAUGACUCCAAUAUUUCUUGCCACAAGAGAGUCUUGCAGGUAAAUUUUAACAUAUGACCUCAAACGACCUUUGAACUCACCAUGUGACCUCUGACAGCACUGCAACAUGGUGUUAUCCCUAUUACAGGGAAACUGAACAUUAUGAGAAAAUAAGUACUUGUUUUGCUACUUAGUAACAUAAUAAUUACGGUAUGCAUGCAUUGAGUAGUGAAUUAGUGGGCCUAUAUCAUAAGACUACACUGCUCAGAAUGUUGCAUUAUGGAUUAGUAACCGGGCCAGAUUUGAGUAGUUGAGGAAUUGAGGUGGUGCUAUACAAGGCUGCUGGUUCGUAUUGGGUUUAAAAGGCGACGUACAGAAAUUAGAGCCAAUCCUAGAUGAGAUCUGUAAUCUCGAAGAUUAGAUAAUCAGAUUUGUGUAAAAUGUUAUGUUUAUAUUAUUCAGUUGAGCUACUCACCGUUCAUGGGCAUGUGCAUUGGGGUAAAUUCAUUAAUUGAUGUAACUUGAUUGUUAUGCCAUGCUACUGUACUUUGUGCAGAAAAUGGACUCAGUAACUCAGCUUGCAAGCAUCCUAAAAUAUAUAUAUAUUGAUUGCUCUUGCAUGAAACUGCCAGUAGCCAUGAUCAACUGAAGUAUUCCAUCUUCACAGGAUAUAUAUAUAUAUAUAUUUUUUUUUUUUUUUUUUUUUUUCAAUCUAAAUCACUUAAUACUAAUGUAUCUUGUUCAGAUAUUCUAUGUACUAUUUGGCAAAAUUGUUUGAAAGGUUCAUGUCUUAAACCAUGUUAAAGUUGCUUGAAACUUUGAGAAAACAACUUGUGAAAUUGUGUGAUAAGGCCAUUGCACAAUGCAUAACUAUUGUGCAAAACAUUGAUGAUCAAUGGUCAAACCCCCCUCCAUCAGUUACAAUAGGGUUAAAAUAUGCAUGCAUUUACUACGUUUUUUUUUGUUGUUUGUUUUUGUUUUUGGUAUUGAGUCUAAGUUCUGAUUAUAAGAUGUUGAAAAGUCUGUCAUACAUUUUGAGAUGAGAUUGUGUGUCCGCGUAAAUAAAAAUUGAGGUUCAAUGAAGUGAGUUUCUGUUGAUAAAUCA